GUGAGUUGUGAGUAGUAGACUGUGGAUGAUGGCUGUACAAGAAUAAGUGAAAAACAAAAGAGAGUUUUAGUAACCAAGAGACACAAACGAAUAAAUUUUCAUCAGUUUUUCAUUAGAAGUACUAGAUACGUCGUGGCAGGGAAAGAAAAAUACAAAGAAAAAUACCAAGAAAAUACCGGAACAUACAUUAAAUAGAACCUAUACAAUACUAGAAGAUUGCAGUCCAGGAACAUCGAAGGACAAGAUCGACUCAACUCCACCAGUCUUAGAAGGUAACGUCGUCGACUUAUUAACUCCAGGAACAUCGAAGGACAAGAUCGACUCAACUCCACUAGACUUAGAAGCUAACCUCAUCGACUUAAUAGCCUCAAUGACAUUAUCUGAAGUGGACGACAAAAAAAAAUCGACUGCAGAAGAAAAGUUAGCCGAAGUACUGGAAAGCGCCAACGCACUUGUUAAAACGAUUUCAAAACGGGACGAUGUGGAUCCAAACACAGCAAUUAUGGCGCGCCAAUUACUCAGUAGUGUGAUGGAAUUAAAAGAUUUACCCUCCACCAAUACUAGAGCAGAUGAAAAUUUGGUUCAGCAAGCAAUUGCGGCCAAAAAAAACGAGGAAAAACUGAAUGUUGUUAUUUCCGAGUAUGAAAAAACGAUUGCAAAACUAAUUCGGGAUAAUGCGUGUAUUGCAAAGGAACGUGACAAGGCCAACGAUGAAUUAAUUGAAAUGAAGAAGAAAUAUGAGGAUGAAAUAUUACGGUUAGAAGCAAUCAUUAAAACAUUAGAAUUAAAGAAUAGCUCGUUACAAUCAGUUGUGGAUCAGCGGAACAAGGACUGCAAGGAAUUAGCUAGCAUUUGUGAUGAACUUAUUGCGAAAGUUGAACGUAAAAAUUAACUUUAUUUAUUUACAAUUUAGUAAUUCAAUUCCAAAUUCGCAGUUAAACGUCAGAAACGUCAAACCAGUGUCAAACUUACUCAAAAACUUUUCAAUUUUAAUGAUGUGUAAAAACGUUACGACAAAGUGCAAUCGUGCAAAUUCCAGAACCAGAAGAGUAAGUCUGGCGGCACGACACAUAACUAUAAAACCCUCCUCAUUCCCCAAUCAACAAAUCGGGAUCGAUUUUCAAUUUGUUUUCAAACAUAGUGAUACAAUUUACUUAUUCUGUUCUGUUCUGUAUAACUGUAAUUACUUCCAUUUCCAUCAACGCAUUGCAUUCUGUUCGAAUCGAAUAGAAUUCGCUCGCUAUAUUUCUUUUGUACAGGGUGUAACUUAAAUAAGAGCUCCUUCUUUAUUUUUCGUUUAAUGUUGGAUGUUUAACUCGUUUCCAAGAUAGAGUGAUAACAAUAAUGAAACAUAAGAGUGGUACCGCAAAUGGGUCCUUCGCACCUGUUACUCAAACACGAAACGUUUCCUGGUAAGAGAUCCUCUUUAAAGCAGAUGAAGCUCAUAGCUUCUCCGUCGGGAUUUCUCCCAAGAUUAAUACAUUCAAAGUUUCGGACCCAAACAUUCUCAAAUAACAUAUAUGGAGGUAUCGUUCUCCCCUACAAGUGAGAUCAUCAGAGACCUCCACCCUUCUGUGCUCUAGACCAAAACUGAGUAAUUAAAAGUGGGAGAAUCGGAUCCUAUCAGGGGAUAUGAUAGAUUAAGAAUUAAUCAGGGAAAGUUGGAAAUGAGGAUGUUUUUGAGUUAAAACGUAACGCAACGUUAUCGUAAGUUUUGUCAGUUUGGUUAAGAUCGAGAAGUGUGUAUUUUUAAGUUACACCCUGUAGAUAAUAAUUAGUAUUAAAUUUUUCCAUUAAUAUAUCAAAAUGUCCAUUUUAUAAAAAAGAAAAACUAGUCCGUACUUUAUUCACUUCAUUUUCACUUAGUGGAAAUUAUCAAAAAUUUUUCGAAAUUUAGAAUGGCAAUCGAUUUUGAAAUAUGUAUUUAAAAGUAUUAGGAAACAUUCUGAGACACUAAAACUUCGAGGUGGAUUCAAUCCAUUUUUCAGGACACAUUUGUCCUAAAAUAUAAAUUCUGAAAACCAGACUCUUCGAACGAUAUAACCACGAAAUCUCAGUGUUUGAGUCCGGUUUUUCUCAAAUUUUAGAAACAGUCGAGGGAAUUUUUGCUAUAACCUUAAAAAAAAUUUGGUUAUUUCAUAAAAACAAUUCGAUCGUCAUCUUGGUAUUCUAUUAAUUGACCUUGUGUUGUGGAAUAUUUCCUAAAACAACAUUAUUGCUAUGGCCAUUCUGGAAAAUAAUUUUGAAAAAUGUUUGUAACAUAUGCAAAACUAAAAUAUACCCCCCCCCCCUAGAUAUAUUUUCACAAUCACUAAAAAAAUAGCACACUAAAAAAGAAAAUAGUGAACUUGUUCUUGUUUACAGUAUUUGUAUAGAAAGUAUUUUAGAGUGUUCGCAGUCGUAAGUGAGACCCCCUAUCCAAGGGAUCCAAGCCCCUGUCAAAAAAAACUUCAAAACUUUCUAAGUUAAAAAGUUGGAACGUUUAACCAUCGUACAGAGUUGUUCGUGUCUCGGCGAAAUCGAAUUUUUUUUAUAGACCAAUUUCUUUUGAAGCUUGUCGCCUUUUGUUUUUGAAAAGAGGGCAUGCCAUGUUGGUUUGUCCCAAGUUCUAGGGGGUCUCAUUCUCACUUAAUAAACGCUAAACCGCUUUCUAUAAUUUUAUUUAAAAUUUUUAUAGAUGUGUUAUUGAGAUGUAAAUUUAUUGGCUGAUCGAUAUUCUUCAGGAUUUUGGCAACUUUGAUUCAUGUUCUUUGAUUAAUCGUCUAAAAUGAACUUUGAUCCAAUUUUUUAUUUUUUGGAGUAAAAGGUGUUUUUUUAAGUUGAGGUGUACUUGAAACUCGAAAAAUAAGUUUCAUCGCGACAAGAUGUGUGUCUUUCUUUUUUCGUUUGAUGGAUUUUGUUCGAUUAAACUUGUUUUUCGAGUUGCACGUAUAUCUCAAGUUAAAUAAAACAACCUGUAUAUUGAGUUUUAUAUAAUUCCGUUCGGUUCGUUCCGUUCAAGAUCCAUUUUGAAUAUCGAACAGUCGAUACAAAUUUGAAUAUUAAGGUAUUUCGUUUCGUACCCAUAAUCCAUCGUAUUAAUAUUAAUAUUAAUAU